AAAGAUGACCCCACCCUCUUUUGUUUUUCUAUUACUUCCUUCUAACUUUCCUCUAGAGCUACCUUUUGGUAACGAUUUCAGUCGAGCCCCUCGGAAAACAACAUUGAAUGAGAAAUGGAGUGACGAGAGCUUAAGAACCCGUCUUGGAAGUUCUAAUUCAGAUAAAGAGAAGCAGAGGAGCAGUUCUCCUCAGCUCAAUAGCCCAUUCCCCAAUAACUCAGCUUGUUACCACAGUUGGAACUUGAACUCCUUGCUAGGUAAACUACAAACCUUAAAGAACCCAAUUCCGACAAGAGUCGGGAUUCCGGGGACUUCAUCAGGGACAAGCUACAAGUCAAUAUUCUCGCCUGGCUAUUAUCAGCCUCAGGUCAACCUAAAAGCCACUAAGAUAUAUGACAAAUUUACUCUGGAUGAUCUGGACCAGAUGCAGGUGGAUAGCGAGUCGGAGCCAGAAGUUUCACCUGGUAGUCAAGAAAACCAAGAACCUGACAAGAACUGUACUGCUCAAGCGCCUAGCUUAGGCAAGCAAGAAGUAAGCCAAGAAGAGAUGUACAGGGAUGCAGUCUUGGGCUGAAAUGAUAGAGAUUUGUACGGGGAAAAUUUAGGUGAAGAAGAGAAGAAGCAAGGAAGGAAUGAUUUUGAUGAAAGUUUUGGCCAUAGGGAAGAGAGAGCUUUUGGCAUUGGGCAGCAGGAUAGAGGAGUUGAGGAUGAUGGUCAGAGUUUUGUGCAGGAAGCCCGAGAGAUCUCUAAUCUGGGUUCGCUUAAACCACCUGUUUUUGGCAGUAUUUCCGCGGAUAAACCAGAAGAGAUGAUAGGCCUCCUAACCAGAAAGGAGAGAGAGAUUAAAGUUAAGCGUUAUCUUGAGAAAAAGAAACGUCGUAGAGAACUCCAAAAUCAGAAAGUUCGCUAUGAAUGCCGUAAAGAUCUCGCAAAUCGGAGAUACCGUCUCCAGGGCCGAUUUGUUAGACUUGAAGACAUUAAGGAACUUGAAAAGGAUUAUAUCUUCGAUUCUAGAACUAAAAAGCUAAUCAAACCGAUAUUCCAAACGGAGAAAAUUAUAGGGGGUUAUAAGAGUCUUUCUAAUAAUUCCCAACUAAAUUCUGACUCAGAUGUUCUGAUGAAUUCAGCGGAGGAGUAAUCACUUUUCUUCGUUAAAGGAGCCAUACUUAGUAUUAUACCAUGCUUUGAUUGUGUCAGUCAUGUUUGAGAUUGAGUUCUUGAGAUUAUAAGCAAAGAGACAAAAUUGCUCUUACCACGAACACCAAUUGGAAUUGAGAAGAUCGAGGGUCAAGACUCGUUUCUCUUUGCAAAAAGCUAUUGGUUCAACAUAUAUCUCAUGAUACUACAGAUAAUAGGCGAAGUUAGCCUGUUAUUGUCUCAUCCAUCUCAUGACUGGCUAUAGCGAUGCUAGUAUUUUGCUGACUAAGCUACAAGCUUGGCUCCAUCAUUGAAUACGUCAGUGAGUAAAAUAAUUUCAUUUUCGUCACUACACCAU